CACGGGCGAGGAACAUGGCCUAUACGCAUUUUAAGGACAACUUUUGGGUACAGGCCAGUGCAGAUUGCAAGCUUAAACAAUUUAGCAAAAUCAUUGAAACGAUUUCGGGCUGAAAUAGCACCAGUCAACGACGGUCGAGUUAAGUCUUGGAUACUUGGACAACCUGGGGUUAACACCCUCAGCAGAGUAAAAUUACAGGGAUUUUGUCUUCAAAAUAGCAAUUUACCUUAUUUUGUCGUUUGCGCUUUACCUGCAAGAGUUGCCCUGAGCGAGUAUCUAGUUGAGUCUCCGAGUGUUCCCAAGGGAGUUUAUUUAUGCGCUUGAUGUUAUGUCGAUGGGGUGUAUUACUUCAAUUAUGAAUUAUAAAAGUAUAUCAAUAUUUACCCUAAUAUAUGGCCAUCCUUUGCAACUGUAACAAUAUACAAUAAUACCCAAACCCUAGAAUAACAAUAAGUAUCCACAGAUACACUGUGAUUAGCUUAAAAAGGAUAUAUAGGUUAAGAGAUUGUGAAUGUCAAUCAAAUUCUUAGAACUCGGACCCCACGGGCACAGUAGGGUAUGACGUCAUCAUACAGCAUCUUAAUGACGGAAGGCGCACUUGCAAGGAGGUGGAGGAGUUCAUGAAGGCGAGGGCAUCCAUUGAGGAUAAGUAUGCUAAAGAUCUUCUAGGUCUGUCCAGGAAGGUGUUUGGGCUCAACGAAAUGAACACAUUGAAGAGAUCCCUGGACAUGUUCAAAUUACAGAUCGAACACGUUGGACAAACUCAUCUGCAGUUGGCGCAGAAUAUGAGAGAUGAGGCCAAAAAACUAGAAGACUUCAGAGAAAGACAAAAGGACGCAAAGAAGAAGGUCGAAUUCCAGAUGGAUUCUCUCCACAAACAGAAAGUCUUGCAAUUCAGGAGAACAUUAGAGUCAAAAAAGGCCUAUGAGCAAAAGUGCCGAGACAAAGAAGAGGCCGAUCAGAAUGUCAACCGAAACGCCAACAACACAAGGAACAUCGAGAAGCUGCACUCAAAGGCCCUGCAAGCAAAACAAAACGCUGACGAAGCAGACAGGGUAUAUUUGCAGAACGUGACGUCGCUGGCAAAGAUAAGAAAUGAGUGGCUGAAUGAACAUGCCAAUGCCUGUGAGGUGUUUGAGGCCCAGGCCAAGGAGAGGAUCAACACUCUCCGCAACACUGUCUGGACCCACGUCAACCAGCUGUCGCAGCAGUGUGUGACCAGCGACGAGCUGUACGAGGAGGUGAGGAAGUCCUUGGAUCAGUGUGACAUAAAAGAAGACAUUGAAUAUUUUGUACAUCUCAGACGCACCGGAGAUAAACCACCAGCACCCGUUUUGUACGAGAACUUCUACAGCAGUGACAGAAAUCCAAACGCUGGCCAGUUCUCCAAAUCACCUCUUCCAAUCAACAGGCGGGCCACUUUACCUGAUCCGGGAACAGAUGAUGUGAUCUACUCAACGUUACAGGAACCAGGAUACAGUUUUAUCCAGUUCUAGGUUUGAAUGCUUUUGUUAAGGUUGUGUUGUGUGGCAAUGUAGAAGCCAACAUAUUCAAAACACAGAUAGCUCAAAUGCAAUGAUAUAAUAUGUCUAAACUGAGCAUAAGUUUGUUGAAAGUUAUUUAAAUGCAAUUUAAAACAUGUUACUAAGAAAAACAUUGAUUUAUGUACAUUGAGGAAAAUAAACGACUAGCCUACAAUAUAAGUUAAAGAUGUAAUAUCUUAAAAGGUCAUCGAUUGACAUGCAUGUGAUCUAAAUACAUUUUAUUCUAACUGCAUGUCUGUCUGCAAUAAAACAUAUCAAUAGAGGUCUUUUAUAGUAUAUUUUUUAUGCAUACUAUUCAAGCAUACUUUCAUAUUUUGUAUCGAGUAUAUAUGUCCACUGUACAAUAUUAACCUUAAACAAUGAUUAAACUAGUCACAUCUUCUUAUCAUCUUCAUUUUUAUUUCCUUAUGUACACAUUUUGAUAAACCUUAAUCAGCAGCAGAACAUGAGGUUGAGGCAAGAACUACUUUUGUUUGGGACCCACGCACACGCACGCCAACACACAUACGCACACAACGACCCACGCUUUAGUUAAAGUCAUUUAGGUUUUGCGGUUAAACAACCCAUGUUUAUGUCAUUUCAACCGUUAGUACGGUACAUACAGACAGUAGAAGCCAGGGUUUGGUUCUUGAGUGAAUUAAAAAGAGGAAUAAAGUCUGAAACCCAUUAGCGCGGCGUGCUAUUCUCACCAGGAGGAAAGGGAGAACUUUAUAAAGUUGUGGCAACUCCCAGAUCACUGUAAAAGAAACCACGCAUUGCAAUAAAAAUAUGUUGAAGUAGAAAUAAAAUCAAACACAAAAAGGGCAUUUUUCUUUUGACUAAAAACCAAUGUAUUUAUUCCUUUACAUACUGUAAGAAAUCAAUCUUGCCAUAUAUUCGGUUAUUUUUUCCUCUGGAAUUGUUCAGGGACAUUCCAUAUACAGUUUUGCUUAAGAAGCAUCACCUACAUCAUACAAAUCUAUCCAAAUUCAUUUUUGGAUAAAUUACUUUUAAUAACAUGAUCAAAACACAAGGCACCGGCCAGUUGUAGUGUUUUUAAAGUAUACAUCAUCGUUGUUAAGAAGUACUGCAUCCUAAUAAUGUUCAUGGAAUAAUAUUGCAUGUUCUCCAUCCUAAUAACGUUCAUGGAUUCAUUUUACAUGUGCACCAUCCUAAUAACUCAUGUAUUAUAUCACAUGUUCUCCAUCCUAAUAAUGUUCAUAGAUUAACAGUAUUCUCUGUCUUUAUCAACUCUAAAAUCAACUGGAUGGUCUUCUCGUCUGAAGAGAAAAAAAAAGAGGACAGGAACAAGUAAUGAAAUAUCUCAUACCUAACAGAAAGACAGUUUGUUAUGAUUGUUGUAUAUUUUGUAAAAAUGUGCGUACCAUAGAAAAAUAUCAUGCAAGCAAAAAUAACAACUAGGAUCAGAAAAUUAAAGACAAGUUCCCUAAAUUAAACUCCAACCUUAAAGUGAAACCAUUAAACAAUGACAAGACUUCCUGGAUGGCAUCACAGAAUAACCUUCAUACCCUAAAUCCUUCCUUUUUCUCUCAAAGCGGCUUAUGCAUCAGGGGGAAUGGUUCCUAUUCCUAGCAUCACUUCCUCGAGAGCUAAACGCUUGCAGGCUGUAUUAACGCGUGUCAUUGUACGUACGUUAACGUGAUUUUCACUGAAAGCACAGUCUAUCUGAAUAUUCUCCAUAAGGUUGAGGCGACAAAUCGAACCCUCCCUUUUACCGGCAUCAGUGGAGUUUGCAUUACUGUCCCUGGGACCUGGCCUGGGUGGGUCUCGGUCAAUGAUGUAAAAGGUGUGCAACAUGCAGAGGACCUGUGUGAUAUGAAGGCACAUGAAGAGGGUUACCUUCCAGAUUCAUCUUGGGGUUGGCUAGCUUCUUUUCCAACAGCGAGUCCAUCAGCUUCCUCAGGUGUUUGAAGAUGACCCCGAUCCUCACUGGAGCCUGGACACAUGACAUUCAAUGAAAUCGAUACAAACACAGGGUAGGGUUGUUGUUAAACCUAUGGUAAGAUGAAGGUCUGCGGGCGUGCAAUGAUUGUUAAGGCAGGGCUGGCUGACCAACAUCUAGGAUGAUUCUCAUCUGCUCACAAACUACAAAAACAGAUGUCGGUCUAUGGGAAAGUAUUACUUCUCUUUAUAUGUGGUUCAAGUUGUGUGACUGUGCACACACAAACCACACACGUCACGGUUGACCAUUUGAAAAGACAGCAGCACAGCGACGACCCCUGACCUGGAAGAGAAUCCACCCGUCCACGGUGAUGAGGCGUUCUCUGUGUUGGACGUCUAUGUCCCCUCCGAACAGCAGCAGGGGGAACGGGGAGAUCAGGGUGGUGUCUCGCAGGUAGAUCUUGGUGUACUUCACCUGGAGUCAGACACCCAUUGAGCACAGACUUUUAACAGCACAAACACUCAUGGCGUUCAUGUGGCUGCAGAAGAGGGUUGUAUCGCUCCUGUAAUGCGAUUGUAUGACGUUCAGAAAAAUGAAGAAGAUAAACUCUUCCGCAUUUAUGCAAAUCUUUCACAUGCA